AUGAGGAUCUUGCAAUUACGAAAAGAAAUCAUUGCAUUUAAAAACGAAAAUGAACUUUAUUUAACCAUGACAUGUAAUUUUUCAAGUCUGACACCAUCGGAAUUAAAUGAUUCGACGAAAAACGUGGGGAAACGAACGGAUGCACAGAACGAGUUGCAAAGAAAUUUUAAAGGAGACGAUUUACCAAACGGCACUGAUUUAUCCGCUCGUUUAUCAUUCACGAAACGUGCGCUGGAAAUAAAAGCGACGAACGAGGCGGUCGUAUUUAAAGAGGAUUAUCCGCGUGACAAUAAAUCAAUCGAAGAUGAUGAAUGGCCAAAUAGAUCGCGCGUGUCUGAAACGUUGGAAAUGUAUCGAAGAUCCAUUUCGGAUUCUGAAAAAUUUGGAAAAGAAAUCAGCGAGAGAUCGGGAAAGGUAAAAGAUAUCGGAGAUGUAAAAAUUUCAUGUGUUGCCGAUGAAAAAUUGAAAAGUCCCGACAAGCAUCAAAAUAAUAAUAAAGAAGUCGUUAUUAAUAAUAUGUACGACUGUCCUUCGAAUGUUACUACGUUAAAAAUUAAAAGGAAGAGAAUCUCCAGAGGCGUGCAGUAUUCUUCCUUGAUCGAGUGUCAAAAUCACGCCAAGCGAUUUCUUCUGGGCUAUUUCGGAUCGAAAUCGACUGCGAAGAAAUAUAAUUUGACGCGAAAAAUGGAAAGGAAGGAAACUUUAACGGAUAAAGAAGAGAAAUUUUAUAUCGGAUCACGAAACAAAAUGAACGAAUCGUUAGAUGCGACAACAAUUUGUAAUGAAUCUCACAACGUAAAAUUGAAUAAUACAGAUAUGAAAGAAGAGCUUGAAAAUGAUACGAAAAAAAUAGGAAAAAUUAUUUAUCCAAGUGAAAUGAACCGUAAAAAAUUAUUCAUACGAUUACAAAAUACAAAUGACACUGAAAAACGCAAAAAAGAUAACUCGAAGAAUCGUAAAGUGAAAAUAAAUCCUUUUGAAAAGUUGUGGCCGAGUAAAGCUUUAACGUGUAACAAUAAUCUAAAAGUACAGCAAAACAGAUCGCUAUGUAAUUUCAAUGUAGCUGAUGAUUCUGAAAAUAAUAAAAAGGAGACUGUUAAAUCCAAUUUCGAAACUAAUCGGAAUGAUGCUCGUAAACACGAGCAUGAUUCACAAAAUAAACAGAGUGUAAAUAUUUUAGAUCAUAAAAUAGAUUCGAAUGCACGGAAUGCAAGCGCAAUUGCAAAUUCUGAUAGAGAAAGCAUGGCGAAUAAAGUGAAAGAAAGAUUAGAUACGUGCAUCGUAGAAUUAAACGGAAUUAUCGAUGAUGCUUGUGUAGUAUUUGGUAGCGGAAAAAGCGUAGCGAGAACAGCUGAUCGAGUGUAA